AUGGUAGCCGGAGUGGAGCUGCAGCAAAAGCUGCUUCAGCAGCUGCGGAUGCUGCCAGGACCUGCUCGUCAGGCUGAGACAGCACCGGUGGACAAGAAGCCAGGCCCUUUGAAUUCCUCACCUGACGAGGAUCGCCUGGCGACAUCCGAAGAGAGCAUCCUCCGAGAAAAAAUCUUGGAGGCUAGGCAGGAGAGAGAUGAGGCAAACAGAAGGCGCCACAAGAUAGAGAUGGAGUCCUGUAGCCAGCACAGCAGCGCGGCCAGGGACAUCGCCAAGUACCAUUGCCUUCUGCACAAUCUUCAGAAUGAUAUCACUGCGAGUAAGCAAGAGGUCAAUAUUCUGCGGCAGAAUUGUCGCAUGGCCGACCGCAAGAAAGAGAGCCAGCAGCUGCAGCAGCUGCAGGCCAGGAAGCUGAAAGAGGAGGCCGCGUUGUGCAAGGCACAGAAGGCCAAUCUCGUUGCUGCCGUGGAGACGGAAACAAGGAGGGUGGCUGCGCUCGGGGCAGAGGUGAAGACGUGGGAGCAUCGCUUGAAAGAGGUUUUGCGAAGGAAGGUCGUGGCGGAGGCGGAGGCCAUGGAGAGGAAGAUGUCCACAGCAGCGGGUGAAAACGACGAGACGGUGCCGACCUUCACGAUGAGCAGUGACAGCGACCAUGGGGAGGAGGACGAGGAGGAGGAGGAGGAGGAAGAAGCUAGCAGUGUCAUGGGAGACUUAGAACUUUCCUACGAAAGCUUGGAGUUGUCGUCCUCGAUGCGAUUUCCCUCAGUGGUAAGGCUGGCCGCGGGCCACAUCUCGGAGCACGAGGCGUUGUCGAAAGUAGACAUCCCGGACACGGGCUUCCUGGAGCGAGGAGGUGUGGAAUUCGGCCGUUGGACACGGCCAUCUCCAAGUGGGAACGCAGACUGGACGGAAGAAGAGUUGGAAGCGGAGUACGGCGAGCACCUCCGAAACUUAGAGGGGCUUCUGCUGGAACUUCGCCAGGAACAAGCCGAGGAAGCAGAGGAGCGACGUUGCCGGUCGCUUCUUGGGGCCCUCAAGCAAAAGAAGAGGGCGGAGGCUGCGGCUGCAGCUGCUGCGGGAAAGCGUUUCCCGUGGAGCCUGGCGAAGUGGAUGAGGAGGGAGAAGUCCGAGACCCCGACGCCAAAGGUGUCCGUGGUGUCGGGUUUCAGCCAUUUUUCGCCGUACGCGGCCAUGUGCCGUAAAUAUACGGCACUCGCAGUCUGA